UUCAUCUAUUCAACCACUGAUGGACUGAGGUUGUUUUUAUAUCCUCCUGCAAAAAUAAUGUUUUCUUCUUUUCUGUAAAUUAUUUUAUAAUUAGAAUAUAGAAAUAUUAUUUCUUUCAGGGAAAAAAAUUUUGUGUGCAAAAGAGGGGUUUAGACGUGUGAAAGGAGAGUGGUCUGCAGAAGCCCUAGUGCCACAGAGAAAAGGCCAUGGUAAAGGCAGGCAAAGGAGAGGAAAUGUUUUUGGCCAGUGGAAGCAGGGAGGAGCCUGGGAUAACCACCCAGCUCUCCAGGGAAGCCUGUGCCAGACUGAGAGCUCUCCUCUCUGGCCAGAGUCAUGCCAACCCAGGCUCUCCUGCCCAUGCUUCUCCUCUGUGUGCUGCUGCUACAGGCCCAGGGAGGGCACCGUAAACUGAACAGGAUGCAGGGUCUAAAGGCCUGUGAGAAGAAGCCCAGCGUGUAUCUUUGCAGCAAUCACUGUUCAUAUUUUCUAAAGUGUCCAAAAGCAAAUACUGUAUGUUGUUCAACCUUCUGUGGGAACGUUUGCAUGAGCCUCCAGUGAGGGGGUGAGGGCGCUGGACUUUGCAUCCUGCUCCCCCAAACUUCUAUUCAGACCAAAGCACAAGGACCUCAGAUCCUGGGCACCAGGAUGUCAACGGGAGUACACCUUUACCCUGCCUGAACUGUUUGUUCCUGUCAAAUAAACCAGAACAAAUGUCCACA